UUGUACCGCAUAGUGAGGCAUGCCGUCGUUACCUCAAGGUUUUCGGUGUCACGAAUGUAAGGAACUAGGUGACUCUCCUCCGUUCAUCACUGACCGUCGAUAUGAACAUGAUCGCAUUGUGCGUGAUCUGUUUCGCGAUUUUCCCCGUAAAUCGUGCACGUUUGCUACUGCCUUUUGUACCUGAUGUGGUCCAUCCACCUGUGCCAAACGAUGUAGAAAGUUUUUAUCUCACAGUUAAUACGGAAAGUAUGGAAAACUUGGAAGACGUAGAUCCAGAAAUAACUCCUGGCUUAUACCAAGGAGAUAUGGCUAUGACAAAUGAAGUUUACAAUUAUUGGAGAGUUGGUUUAAAAUGGGAAACCUUUCCAGAAAAAAUGUGGCCUAAUGGAACAGUCCCGUACGUGAUAAGUCCAUUAUAUGAGCCGUCAGAACAAGCUACCAUACUCAAGGCAAUACGUAUUCUCAACUUUAUGACUUGUAUAAGAUUCGUACCAUGGAACGGCAAAAGUCCAGACUAUCUACUUAUUUGGCCCAUAAAAUUUCCGAAAGGAUGUUGGUCAUUCGUAGGUAGACAUGGUGGACCUCAAAUCGUUAGUUUACAACCACCAGACUCAACAAGUCCAAACUGCUUAGGAACCGAAGGAAGAGCUAUGCACGAGUUGAUGCACGCCUUAGGAAUUUUUCACGAGCAAUCUAGAUGGGAUAGAGAUAAGUUCGUCAAAAUUCACUACGACAACAUUAUUCCUCAAUUCAAACCCAACUUCGAAAAAUUGAGUUUGGAGAAUACAACAUACAGUUUCGAGUAUGAUUAUAAUUCUAUAAUGCAUUAUGGAAAGUAUUACUUCAGUAAAGGACGUGGAAAACCUACAAUAACACCAACGAUGCCAGGAGUUAAAAAAUUAGGACAAAGGAAAGCUCUUUCAAAAGGAGAUUGUUUGAAACUGAACGACCUCUAUAGUUGUUUUGAUAAUCCUCGUAAAAGAAGGAAAUAUUAUAAUAUAUGCAAUUUUAUGGGAGUAUAA